AAAGUAUGCAAGGCAGUCAGAGGCGAAAGUGGGAACAGCAAGUGCAAGAUUCCCAUGCUGAAAACCCAGAAAUCCCAUCCCCUCUUUCGCCUUCCUGCAACCCCGCCCCCACCGCUAUCUGCUGGUGAUCGUCGCUCUUGGCUCAUUUUGAUGGGGAGACCCGGCCCAGCACUUGUGAGAGUCGAAUUGCAUUGCAUUGCUGCGUCUCCCGAGAGCGGGCUUUUGAAAGUUUCCAUUCCUGCAACAAACAUCCACGCCUGGGAGGGGUUCCAAGAAUUUGCCACCUUUCCCCCUUCGUCGUCAGUAAUGAGAAUCACUCGGAGACGCCCUCGCUCAUGAUCCGAGUCCUCAUUGCAAUACUACCCUUGCUCUCUCCAGAGUCUAGACCAACAACAAACGGCGUCGCAGGUGAAGCCCCAAUUGGCGUGACCGCUUGGCUGCCAUGUCCCACGGACACACUCAGGCCGGCUUCCUGGGCUUCGGGAUGCCGGCGAGCAUGGGCCCAGACGUCUCGAUGCUGCAGAUGAACCCUGAUCCGGCCGACACACUGUCGCUGCUGGACAACUCCUUCUUCCUGCCCUUCGAUGGCACAAUGACCAUGAGCUUCGACCCAAACGGGCCCUUGGCGCAGCCAUUCGCCUCGGGACCGUUUCAGCAGGCCUCGUCGGCACCCUCGGUGAACAAUGCCGAGCAAACCCCCUUCUCCCCGCCGGAUGAUGCGACGAGCACCGCGUCCGGGCCGGCGGGGAACCAACCCCGGGAGACUCUGGGUCCCGGAAGCUCGAACAACCCCAGCGCCCUAACCGAAUUCACCAAGCGGCGUAAUUGGCCUGCACGAAUCGUCGAGGAGCUCCAGGAUCUGCUUCACAUUCUGGACUCCAACGGGCGGAUAAAGCACGUUUCGCCGAGCGCUGAGCGCUUGACCGGCUACAAGCCGUCCGAGCUGCGCGAUCUGUUGGUGCAGGACCUCCUGCACCCGGACGACGUAGGCGUCUUCACCGCGGAGCUGAAUGAGUCGAUCGCCUCGGGCACGCCGCUGCGCGUCUUCUACAGGCUGAAACAGAAGGACGGGCAAUAUUUCGUCUUCGAAGCCGUCGGCCAUGCCCACAUCGCCGCCGCCAAGUUUGCGCCCAACCCCAGCAACCAGACCCCCUUCUGCCAGGCGGUCUUCAUGAUGGCCAGGCCGUACCCCACCAAAAACGCGGCGCUGCUGGAUUCCUUUCUCGAGCACAAAAUGGAGAACGAGCGCCUCAAACGGAAGAUUGCCGAGCUCCAGCGAGAGGAACAAGUCGAGGCCGAAGAAUUCGAACGAACAUGGCGACAACAAAGCCAGGAAACACCCCUUACCCAAACCUCAGCAGACGCCUCCUCCAUCCCACCGCGCGAGCGGCGCGUAUCCCUCGACAGCGUACCAACCGACAGCGCGGCAAGCACCCGCCGUCCCUCAACCGGUAGCACGAACCACGUAGGCGACACGAUCGAGAUGCUAACCGGCUUGCGGUACCAGGAAGGCGAACGCAGCCUGGGUAUCACGACGGGCAACCCCAGCCCGGCGCUCAUCACGGGCGACGCGGGCAUCGCCAUCCCGGUGGACAGGGACCCGCGCACAGGCGAGAAGAAGAAGAAGCUCAAGGUGGCCGAGGAAUACGUGUGCACCGACUGCGGCACGCUCGAAUCGCCGGAAUGGAGGAAGGGGCCCAGCGGGCCCAAGACGCUGUGCAAUGCCUGUGGUUUGCGCUGGGCGAAGCGGGAGAAGAAGAAGAGCGCCGGUCAGAGGCGUUUUGCACAAGGGGCUGAAAUGGCUUAUUGA